CCUGUGCACAAAAGUAAAAUAUACCACGUGACCCUCCUUUAAUAUGAUUGGCUUUUAAAAUGGGUUCUGUCGAUUUUUAUUAUACUUGAGGGCGGUGUUUCAGAAAGAAGAAGGACUUUGCAGUAUGUUAUUAGCUAUAUUUCUGGGCCUUCUUGUGGUUGUUUUGGGACAAGAUCUACACCCUGAUGACACUCCUGCACAACGUGUGAGUGUAGACCCCGAUGAUUGCCUUGCGUUCGAUGGCCUGCUGCCUGAUGAAGAUAGACCGGGUGGCGACUGUUGCCAUUUCAUCCAAUGCGACUCAUCAAUGGCUAAUAAAACUGGCUUCAGGUUUGCUUGUCUCUACCCGCUAGUAUGGAACAGAGAAAUUCCAGCAUGUGAUCAGGACUUUAACCUUGCCGGGGCUUGUAUUCACAGCACAUGUUCAAUGUCGCCACCACCAAGGGUAGGCUGUGAAAGUGACGCUGAAAUCAAGGCUACGUAUGGUGCCGACCACUGCUGUAUUGAGAGGGAAGAUGGUGUAUAUCAAGCACUACCAGACAUCAGCCCGGCUGCAUAUAGAUUCCGCUACCUGGAUGGUGAAUGGCCCGAGGAUGAUGCAUUCAAUUUCCUGAAUUGUUCUAAAGGUGAUGUGUUCAGCUCCGAGGACUGUUGCUGUGAAACCGAACUCGCACCCGUUCCCGAGUGUGAGAGUGACCUUUAUUUCCAAAGCCCCGAUGACGACUGUUGUAGCUACCAUCAAUGCUUCCCCAACAAGACCGGAUUCUGGGAUGUACAAUGUAUGGGGUCUGUAUGGAACCAGGCUAUUCUUAACUGUGACGACCCUUCUCUGGUGCCCGGAUGUGAAGACGCAGAAUGCAUGGAAGAGCUGGUUGAGAGGGAGUGUCCACUUACCCUAGGGUCUACCCAAUGUUGCAUUGGAGGUGUCGUCUAUUCACUGGACACUGACGAUCCAUUUGAAGACGGAAGUUCUUUCUGGGUUGGUGAUAUGGAAAACUUUGAAAACCUCGCCUUCUGCCCUGUUGGGCAGGUCUUUGAUGUCGAAUGUUGUUGCUGUCUCGGAAUGGCUGUAUUUGCUCCUGAAUGUGACUGCAUUGAUUUCUCAUUCGAAGAACACUUCUUUGAAAUGGAUCAGCUUCAGAACACGUCUAUUCAACUCGGAGAUGCAACCAUAGAAGAGGGAGCUGGAAGUUGUGGUGCCAACGCACUUGCAUUUGAUGGAGAUGACGUGGCCAUUUUGGAUUUCUUUGCCAGAAAAUCUCUUGGAGAAGAAUUCACUUUCAGUUUUGCUGCAACUGGAGAUGGUACUAUACUAACUAAUGGUGGAGAUGGUGUAGCUGCAACCUUUGAAGUAUCUGUUGGAGGAUCAACCAGUGUUUCAAUCACAAUGUACGAUGGGACUGGAAUUUCCCUUAGUGGUGGAGGUGGUGAGUUCGUAACAAUAACAAAAGUAGGAGAUGUCAUUUCAUUGUAUAUUGAUGGAAGUCUCUCUGAUUCUACCGAAGCUAAAGGAUCCCCCGACACCACCGACUAUCCUUUGUAUAUCGGGGAUGGAUAUGAAGGUCUAUUUGAUGCUCUGGUGUUCUGUUCAUUUGGUUAUGACGAAGCUCAGGUGAAUGCACUAGCCAAUGGUUGUAACGUUGUGUUCCAAAACGAUGCUUGAUUCAUAAAUAUUAUUUUGUAAUAAGUAUUGUAAGAAUGUGUUCUUCAAGA